AUGUUGAACUGCGAAGAGCGCGAUGUUUUUAUAGAAGCUUUGGUGCGGCGCAAGAUUCUACUGAACACGCUUCAAGCUGCUGUUCAGCACGGUGGUGCAUCCAAGAGAAAUAGUGGCAUGAAGUGCCAUGCUCCUUCAAUGGCAACAUGGGAGAAGGAAGUAGAAUGCGCACGCUGGUGUGAGACUCUUGCUUCCGAUCCCGCAAUGACUCCCGAGGAAAAGCAUAACGUGCUUGUGGCGAAACUGAGGUCUAUGGGACGUUUUGACGCGGAUUCCAUCACGGAUUUAGAAGCCUGGUCUCCGUUCUUUGCACUGGCUGCCUCUUUGGCCAUGCUUAGUUAUGGGCAGUUUUCCUCGGAACACCAGGUAGCCUUGGUGGAGUUGGCCAUGACGUAUACCGCAAAAGGAGCUUAUGCCAGAGCACGCAAAAUACUAAAAACAUUGCUACUGCGUGGGGAAAAGUUGGAUCAGAAAACAGCGCUAUUACACGGGGAAUUGCAACGCUUUUUGCUUCUAGUAGAAGCUAAGCACUUCACUCACAGCGACUCGAUAACUUCAACGCGACUUUUACCUCUUUGUUUUUCUGACCAUCAAAAAAACUGCACCGUGCAAUACAUGAAAUGUCUUCUGGAAGAGAGUGAACAACGUGAGCUUUCCCCUCUAGUUUUGCUUUACUGUUACCUCGGUGUAAUAGGCGCAGCCCUUGUACUCUGGCUAAAGCUUAAAGACAAAGGCCAGGAACUUCGGCUCAAGGAGGAUAUUAUUCGCAAAACAUCGCAGGCGACCUCGCAGAAUGAAUUACAGGCAUUGAAGGAAGAAGCCCACCGGAGAUUUGAACAGAAGCAUGCGAUUAAUCUCAAAAAGGAAACAACAAGGCAGUUUAUAGACUCAAUCCUGCAUCGGUGCGAGAAAUUUCUUCAAGCUAACAGGUGUGCUGAUUAUGCCGCGGUGUGGACCUUUUCCUUUGCAAAGCUAAGAUGGGAAAGGGAGCAUGGAGGGCCGUCAUUACUGCGUUUUGCCGAAAGAUUUAUUGCGUGCUGUCGCGACGCACAAUUAGAUCCUCUGCUUUCUACAAUUUUUCUCAAUGAGGCUAAUUUAGCGUUAAAAGGAAACGAAACAAUUACAUCCUACGCAUGCGAUUUGUCGGGCGUGAAGCUUCCCUUGAUGCGGGAUAGCUUUGCCUCAUACUUGCUGCUUCCUCUACUCGGCGUCGGUGAGGAGGUUUCUCUGUCGCCCAGUUCGUAA